CCGAGAGUUAGUAAUCGCUUGAAACAAUUAUCUAUUAAAAAACCUUAAUGUAUUAAUUUACAUACAUUUAUAUCGAAACAACAUACAUACAUUGUUUUUUUUAUUCUCAACCAAAAAUUUUCUUAUUAUAAAUUAAAACGUUUGCGACAAGAGUAUACAUACUGUUUUCUUAAAAUAUAAUUCCAAUAAACGUUUAUAAAAAGUGGUUCUUUUUCUGAAGACAUAUAUAAGUUCAUCGGGUCUACAUAUUCUUGGAAAGGUUCUCCGGACAUGAAUAAUUGAUAUACCAGGAUAUUAUAGUCACCCCUAUUUUUAUAUGAAUAAAUAAUGUUUUUCUAAUGAUCGUCUUUGAAUACGAAGAAAAUCAUUGAUUGUAGACGAAAACCUAUCGUUGUAUUUAAAAAUAUCAUUCUUCGUAAAACUAUCAAUACGAAACUUUUUCAAUACGUGAUAUCAUACGAAUAUUAAUAUGCAAAACUUAGAAAGAAAAAGUGGUCUAGCGAAAAAAGCAUUUUACUUGUAUGAAUUCUUAACAUCAAAUAUCGGUCUUUGGGCAUUACAAAAGGACAAUAUGAAUCGUAAAUUCCGUAUUUUCUACGCAACUAUACAAAUGAUUGUAGCGAUUCUAGCCACAGUAGCUGGAUUUUUGAUUGGUUGCGGUGAUACCGAAGAAUAUCUUGAUUGUUAUUUAAUGGUUGUAUUUGGUAUUUUGGUACUCAGUAAAAUUUAUUAUGUUUACACUUAUCGACAUCACCUUAGAUAUAUUUUAAAUUCAGCAUUUAGAGACUGGAAGUGUAUCGAAGAAAAAGACGAAAUGAAAAUAAUGAUAAAUUCUUCACGAACUUGUAAUAACAUGGCAGCUAUGUUCUAUGUUUCAGGAAUGAUAUCAUUAAUAUCUUACGUUUUGAAGACAAUGAUUUUCGAUGAUCCACGAAAGAUAGUCGUUACAGAUCUGUUAAAUAUAACUUAUAAAUAUGGUCAUAGUUUUAUACUUCCUGGGGGUUGUGUUUAUGAUGGUGUCAAUCAAUAUUUGUAUUAUUUGAUAUUGAUUAACCAGUGUGUGCAGAUGACUAUUAUGUGUUUUACAAAUUUAGGAAAUGAUACUAUGUAUGCCGCAAUUACUGGUCAUAUUUGUGUACAAUUUGAUAUUUUAAUAAAACGUAUGAAAAAAUUUGGUCAAGUUGAAGAUGAUAUAAGUAUAAAUUCCCACGAAUUAGGAAAAAUCGUGAAAAGACAUCAACAUUUGAUAUCACUGACGGAAAAUUUGGAAAAAGUAUAUAAUAGAAUUAUUUUUGUGCAGAUGUUAAUAACUGUAUCAGUACUUAGUGUUGGAGGUGUCAGUUUAAUCCUAAGUAUAAACGACAAUAAUAUGGUGAACAUCAUAAAAUCUGCGGGUGUGAUGAAUUUUAUGCUAUUUGAAAGUUAUUUGUACACUUACCCAGCUGAUAAUUUAGCGAAUCGUGCAGAAUUAAUGCUUCGAGCUAUUUACAGUAGUUAUUGGUAUAAAAUGCCACAAAGUAUUACGAAAAACCUCAUUUUUGUAAUGAUGCGUAUUAAUUUACCACCAUUUUUGACAUGUGGUAAAUUUUUUUAUAUGACACGACGAUCAUACAUGGAUGUUAUCAAAACAGCUGCUUCGUAUUUAUCAGUAUUACGCAUAAUGAUAGAGUGAAAAUAUUAUAUAUCAUAUUUUCAAUUACUUAUUUCAUCUCUCUCAGAAACUAUAAUUAAAAACCUUCCUAUCAAACAAAACGUAUUGAACUAGCAUAUGUAAUACAUCUUUAAUUCUUAGAUGUUAUA